CGGCUGCGGAGCGGCGGGCCGGCGGCGCCCCCUCCCCGGGCGGCGCGGCGCUCCCCCGGUACCAGGCGAUGGAGCACACGUACGGGGAGGUGAACCAGCUGGGCGGCGUGUUCGUCAACGGGCGGCCGCUGCCCAACGCCAUCCGGCUUCGGAUCGUGGAGCUGGCGCAGCUCGGCAUCCGGCCCUGCGACAUCAGCCGCCAGCUCCGCGUCUCGCACGGCUGCGUCAGCAAGAUCCUGGCCCGCUACAACGAGACGGGCUCCAUCCUGCCUGGGGCCAUCGGUGGCAGCAAGCCACGGGUCACCACCCCCAACGUGGUCAAGCACAUCCGCGACUACAAGCAGGGCGACCCCGGCAUCUUCGCCUGGGAGAUCCGUGACCGGCUGCUGGCGGACGGCGUCUGCGACAAGUACAAUGUGCCCUCGGUCAGCUCCAUCAGCAGGAUCCUGCGAAACAAGAUUGGGAGCCUCUCCCAGCCUGGCCCCUACGAUGGCAGCAAGCAGCCACCCCCCCAGCCUGCGCUGCCCUACAACCACAUCUACCAGUAUCCCUACCCCAGCCCCAUGGCCUCGCCGGCCGCCAAGAUGGGCAGCCACCCCGGCGCGCCCGUUGCGGCGGCCCAUGUCAGCCUGCCCCGCUCCUGGCCGUCAGCUCACUCUGUCACCAACAUCCUGGGCAUCCGGACCUUCAUGGAGCAGACGGGGGCGCUGGCCGGCACGGAGGGCUCUACCUACCCCCCCAAAAUGGAAGACUGGCCCGGCGUCAACAGGACGGCCUUCCCCCCGGCCCAGCCCGUCAACGGCAUCGACAAGGCUGCGGCGGACGGGGACAUCAAGUACCCGCAGCCCGCCCCGGGGCUCUCCUCCGUGGGCAGCUUCCUCCCGGCCUGCGCCUAUCCCCCCUCCAACCAGCACGGCGUCUACGGCGGCCCCGGCGGCUACAUCCCCCCUGGCCACCCCUGGCAGCCGCAGGGCAGCCCCUUGGGCCACCACGGCCCCGGCGUGGCCGUGCACGGCGGCGACCUGGCCAGCGCGAUGGCGUUCAAGCAGCCCGGCAGGGAAGCCACAGACAGAAAACCUGCCAGCCCUGCGGGCAAAUCUCCAGACCCUCUGAACACUAUCCACGGACUCUCGAUCCCAGCCUCCUCUUCCUAGAGCCGUGGAGCAGCAGUCAAGGGAUGGUCACCCUCGGAUCAAGCGCCUACAAACUGUAACUGAACUGUAACAGUUUGAGGUGCCACCGAACUGUUCCUGAAGUGCCACUGCCUCCAGCAGGUGCCUGCGGAGACAAGGAGGCCGGUGUGAGGCUGGAGAGAGGUUACAGCCUCCCAUGGCAAAUCGCCACUCCAGGGAACACGGUCGGGACACUCAUGCUACCCAGAGGGACACGUUACCUCCAUCGGAUCAGAAAGGGGUGACAGAAGAGGCUCAGCCUUCCAUCUUUAUUUUGCCUUUUUUUUUUUUUUUUUUUUUUCCCCUCCUCGCUCUCAGUUUUUUCUCUCUCUCCUCCCUGCUGUCCCUGAAGACUGUCGGACGCGGAGCAGCAGGGGCCUCCAUCCCCAGCCUCUGCUCGGCGCAUCCUGGGCUCUGUCCCCGCCUCGGGAGCGCGUCUCCUCCGGGGAGGAACCUGCGGCCGGCCAUACAGUGUGCCGAAGCACUCUCCUUGCAAGCCUUCUGCCCCAGAGUGUAAAUGUACAAAUAAGCCACAACUUUUAUGAUAUAUUUUUAUAAUAACAAACCU